GAGAGAAGGCUGGGCACAACUGGGACAGUUCCCUCCAGCAGGGGAGUGUUUGAAAGAAAGGAGUAAAUGAUAAGAGACGACUGAAGGAGUGAGAGAGAGAGAGAGAGUUAAUAAAGAGUUAAAAGAUGCAGAGAGAUGAAAAGGGAAAGACAAUAACAGAGUGAACAAAACAGAGAACGGAGCAGAAGAAGAGAAAUUCAGCCGGGAAAUAUUAUAAACAUAGAAAACAGACCAAGAGAGGAUUUUGCUGCAACACUGACCUGAGCAGGAUUAUACUGUAUUACACUGUACUGCACUGCGCACACACACACAUGCGCGCUGAUGCUGACAUUAACUAGAAACCAUUUGUGUGUGUGAUAUUUCUGAACAGUGCACACAGAGAGAGUGUGUGUUUACUCCAUACUAGAACCGCAUGAGUGAGUGUGUGUGUGUGUGUGUGUGUGUCGGACAGCCAUGAAGAGGAUGCUGGCUCUCUUCUGCUUAAUUUCACUGGCAGCACUUCUAACGGAUGCAUGGAGACCAUCUCAACCACGACUGCUCUUCCAACACUCAGAGCUGAUGCGGAGCGGCAGGCUCAAAUCUCUCUCUGUGUCUGCUGGUGAUCUGAACUCUCUGCUGCCGGAUGAAGACGGCCGUCGUCUUUACAUUGGUAUGAAAGACCAUCUACUGUCCACCAGCCUGGAUGAUAUUACUCAAACCCCUUGCAAGAUUUACUGGCCUGCAAGUCCAGACCGCAUCCAGAACUGUAUCAUGGCUGGAAAAAACCUGCAGACGGACUGUGCAAACUUCCUGCGUGUGUUAGAGCUGUAUAACCAAACACAUCUUUACGCCUGCGGGACUGGAGCGUUCAACCCUCGCUGUGCCUUCAUCCCCACCAACCUCUUCCUCAGGGCUGAGGAACAAAUGCUGCAGUAUGAGGACACAGAAUCAGGGAAGGGGAAAUGUCCUUAUGACCCUCACCAGAGAACAGCUACGGCCAUCAUAGACGGAGAGCUGUACGCUGGCGUCUCAUCUGACUUUCUAAGUCAUGAUACCACUUUUAUCCGUAGUCUGGGGGAGCGACAUGUGAUUCGUACUGAACAAUACGACUCUACGUGGCUGCAAGGCGCUGAAUUUGUACAUGUUGCAGCGAUGUCAGAGAGUGAUAACGAGGAGGAUGAUAAGGUCUACGUGUUCUUCACUGAGCGUGCCCAGGAGGCAGAGGGGACUGCUGGGAAGGUCCUCUAUUCUAGAAUCGCCCGCGUCUGCAAGAAUGAUAUUGGUGGUCAGCGUAGUUUGGUUCAUAAAUGGAGCACCUUUCAGAAAGCUCGAAUUGUUUGCUCAGUACCAGGACCUGACGGCAUACAGACACACUUUGAUAAACUCCAGGAUAUUUUUAUUCAGCGUGGAAAGGAAAAAAAGAAUCCCCUUAUCUAUGGGCUAUUCACCACAACCAGCAAUGUCUUGAAUGGAUCCGCUGUGUGCAUUUACAGAAUGCAAGACAUUAUUAGAGCUUUUAAAGGAAAUUUCCUUCAUAGGGAGGGUCAACAGUACAAGUGGACGGAGUAUACAGGCAAAGUUCCCUAUCCCAGACCCGGCACAUGUCCCAGCAGCACAUAUGGAGGGUUCAAAUCAACCAGGGAAUAUCCUGAUGAUGUCAUCUUCUUUAGCCGCACGCAUCCUUUAAUGCAGGAAGUGGUAAAACCACUUGCGGGUCAUCCUUUGCUCAUCAAAGUGGGCGUGCAUUAUAAACUGACCCGCCUCCUUGUGGACAGAGUGGAGGGGGUGGAUGGUCAAUAUGACGUGCUGUUCAUUGGCACAGAUUCUGGCCUGGUUCUGAAAGUGAUUCACCUCCCUAAAGCCAACGGACAGAAUCAGGAGAUUACUCUGGAACAGCUGCAGGUUUUUAAGAACAAGUCACCAAUCACUGCCAUGACGCUGUCCAAGAAAAAGCAGUGGCUGUUUGCUGGAUCAGCAGAGGGUGUGAUUCAGUUGGGUCUGUUCCACUGCGAUUUGUACGGCCAAGCCUGCGCUGAAUGCUGUCUUGCUAGAGACCCAUACUGCACCUGGGAUGGUCAUUCUUGCAGCCCUUACAUGCCAACUGCACACAGAAGAGACAUUCGUCAGGUUAAUGAUGACGGCAACCCGCUGAACCAGUGUGUCAGACAGGGAGCUGGUCUUCAGGUGGAGGCAGAGGAGAAGACAUUAGUUGUGGCCAUGGGUAACAGCACUUACCUGGAGUGCCUAGCCAAAUCUCACCAUGCCACAGUCACCUGGUUUAAAGACAUAGGCGAGAACAGCCUGGAGCAACAUAAGGUCACACCUGGGGAGCAGCUGGUUUUCAUUGACAGGGGCAUCCUCAUUCCCCGGGCUGAGCUCAAUCACGGUGGCGUUUAUCACUGUCAGCUAGAAGAACAUGGAUUCCGCUGGACAGCCGUUACUAUUCGUUUAAUUGUGUGGAGCCCCACAUUUGUCUCCUCUCAGCCAUGGUACCAGGAUGUGAUGGCAUUGAUCAACCAUGGGAAACUGGAGCGACACUGCAAAGAACUGAGUCAGCGUCACAACAACAAGGACUCAGGGAAUCGCAAACAUAACAAACAAGACAGAAAGAGAGCAGACCGGCACAGGCACCGAGGACGGGCAGAGAAGGAGAAAGGAAAGGGGCGGAAGAACCGGAGCCAAAUGCAGAGUUCAGCACAGAGACAGCCAAGGAGCGCAUAGAACAAAUCGCAGGUGUUUACAAAACUGCUCAAAACAAAAGAAUACAACAAAACAUGCAAUAGACAGUAUAUUCACAGUACAUUCAAGUAUGCAUGGCAUCAUGUUAACAGAUUUGCUUUGUUUCAAAACCUAAUGAGCUGUCUGUAUGCGGCAGCAUUGUCAAGCAACAAGCUCAAAAAUAUACAUGCAAGAUCGGGGAUGAGAAGAGAAAAAUGUUGAUAAACUUGCAUUUCUUUCAGUUAAUACAAAGAAGUAUAUCAGUAUUGAUUGUUCAAAAGUUUGGGCUCAGCAAGAUUUUUAA